GUUCAGCAGUUACAGGAAGGCCUUCACAUUGCUUCAUGGCUGGUGUCAGAGUUGAGCUGCUGGUGGUCCUGAUUGUGACUCUGCUGGUUUCAGUAGAGGGAUGGCCACAGAUAAAGAAAAUUCAACGUACUAAUGUUUAUGAGAGCCGCCAGCUGUCUGAACCACGAAGUGCUACAUCGCCAGAUGACCGCAGGGAGGACGACCACAGUGAAGAUGCAGUUCUUGAGGAUUCAUUACUUCAAGUUCAAGGUGCCAUCACCAGUGGAAACUCAUACAAUUUUGCUAACCAUGGAGAUCAGAUUGACGCAGUAGUUUCUAAUCCAAGAACAUGGCGCAGAGGUACUGAUGGUGGUUUCCAGAUGGAACUUGAAGAUAUCCCUUCAAGGAGCCAGACUAGCAGUACCGGUCAGCGUCGGACUGGGCUAGAUGUGGUUUGCGGUGAUGUUGGCUUCCAAAUUACUCUGCUGACCGGUUCAUUGAGUGAAGUUAAAGUUGUGGGCUCAAAGGACCUGCUGUCUGUUAUGGAUGCUCCAGAGUCUUGUGGUUAUGAAGUGAAUCCUUGGACUAAAACCUUGGCUGUACCUUUCACCGGGUGCUAUGUGAAACGGAGUGACCGCUACAGCCUGCAGUUGUUGUAUGUCGACGCGUUUGAUCAGACACAAGUUACUACCGCAUCUUGUGAGAGAAGUCUGAAGUUUGACCCAGGCGUGUUCCCUCGCUCCAGCGGCCAAAUAAAACGCAUUGACCCAAUCCCAGUGCUGCCGCAACGGCCUACAUGUCUGCAGCGGCCAGGGUCGUCGCCGCCGCCGCCCCAAGGGCCCCAGCGGCCAGGGUCGUCGCCGCCGCCGCCCCAAGGGCCCCAUGGUUGUGGGAUACCCACAGGGGAGCAGGUGACUUGUGGCCAGUCAAGAAUAUUGUCCUCAGACUGUGAGAUGAUGGGAUGCUGUGUGAAUUCUUCUACAUCUGCCUGCUACUACCCAAUGGAUGAGUGCACUGUCGAUCAACACUUUGUGUUCGCCAUUCGUGCCAACUCUGCAUCCAUCCCUGUGGACCCCACCAGGCUCGUUAUUUCUGGGAGUGAUGGGAGUACAAACUGUAAACCAGUCAUUGUCAACAACAAAGUUGCCAUCUUUAACUUCAAAGUUACAGAAUGUGGAGUUCAUGCUUAUAAAUCGAGACUCAUCAGACCAGGCAACAUUUUUCCAGUCUUCAACUGUCCAAUUUUGAAGGGGAAAGGUGGUCAGUCUGCUGUCCAGCAUGCGUGACAAGAAGGACGUUGUGAGAGAUCUGGAAAGCCUAUGAUGAUCAUAGACUAUAACAAGAUAAAGGGCACUGUGGACCACAUGGACCAGCUGUGUCACAACUACAGCAGAGUAGCACAGCAGAGAACAAAGCGCUGGCCCCUGGCUCAUUUCUCCAACUGCCUCAACUUUGCUGCUAUAAAUGCGCAAGUGGUUUUCCUGGCCAAAUGUCCAAUUUGGGAAGCCAGAGAUCUUACAGGCAUUGCCCUUUUCUGGAAACCUCGGGCUUAAUCUGCUGUGGCCAUGGCUGGAUAAAAAGAAAGAGGUGCCACGGCUUCCAAAAGCUACGAUGGACGCUCUGAAAGUUUGUGGCCUUUCUAGAAACGGAGGCACUCAAGCUGAGAAACUCCCAUGAAAAUCCCUAAGAUGUUACUGUCAAUCCAAGCUCGACUGCAAAACAGUGGACCACUGUGUUAAUUAUUGGCAAAAUUAUAUUUUGACUGUUUCUUAUGCCACGAGAUUUUGCAAUAUGAAAACAUGACGGUAUUUCUUGUUAGGGUGAAAAGCUGCCUCACUAUAUCAGCAUGAAGGAGUGUGAGGGUUAGGGUUGAAAUUUGCAUAGAAGUCCAUCCACUUUUAAAUGGGUUGUGUGUCAGCAUUUUAGGUACCCGGUGGAAACAUUAAAUGUCAACAGAGUGACAGACAAGACACAAACAAUAUGUAAGCAACAUUUUAAAUUGCAAGUUGUUUUGCAUUUUGAGACUUUCAGUCAAAUAAAAGCCAAUUUUUCGAGUCAAAUAUUUUAUCAUUGAAGAUUUCUUAAACAUACUGUUAAAAUAUCAUCUCGUCUCGUGAACCCCAUAUUGUGCAUCGUCUCGUGAGCUGUCACACCCCUCAUUGUUGUUAAUAUUAUGUUCUGAAAACGUUUUGAUAUAGGCAUAACUUUAGACUCCUAUAAGUAAGUACGCUGAUGACCUGAGGUAUUUAAAGUGUACCCACUCUAAGAGGUAAAUGUAUAUUCUGACAAUUUUACUUUUGUCUCAUUUGAAUACUUGAUAUUUGUUUAAGUAAAGAUGCCAAACAUUUGAUGGGUUCAGGUUCUUAAAUUUGAGAAUUUACUGCUUUUCUUGGUCUUACAUUAUAGUAAAUUGAAUAUGUUUAGUAUUUUGGGUUUUUGGUUAUACAUAACAACCAUCUGCUCUUGGAUUUUGUGAUGUGCAUUUUUCAUAGUUUUCUGUCAUUUUAUAAACUAAACAAUAAAUCAAUUGACUGAGAAUAUAAUAGACGGAUGAAUUGCUAAUAAUUAGUUAGUUAAUUGGUAGUAGAAGUCUUCAAACUAAUUUACUGCUCACCAAAAAUAGCUUUUUGGAAAUGUUGGAGACCAUGUACAAUAAUUAAUAAUGUUUUCAUUGUUUACUUUCAAUAGCAGUGUGUUGCUGUUUUGUCAUGAGUCACAGCUGAUAGUUUAAAUUGCAAUGUCUUUAAUAUAUCAUAUUAUUGGUGUGUACAUGUAUUACACUUUGGAUAUGUGUGUGAAGCGAGCCUGCCAAACAGCUGAAAACUGAACAGCACCCAGCAUUUUACUUUUUGAAAGAGAGAAGAGAGAAUGACAAAUGACUAAGGCAGAACCAAGACUUUGUCCAAGAACACUGGAGGAAUACUUGUUCGCUCUCUCUCUCUGUGUUUUCAAGUCUUUUUUACAGAAAUCUGACUCUCCCUCUGCAACCUCCCACCCCACCUCGUCUGUGGAAAGAAAUCCCUAUGAAGUUACCGCACAGGCCCCUUCCUUUUGAAAGGGAGUGUUUGUGUGUGUGUGUGUGUGUGUUUGUGAGUGUUAGCUGCUUUGACUGAUGUGUUGUUUUCACACACAAAACGGCUGCUUUGUUGUAAUUAUGCAGAUUGACUAUGAAUAGUGCCAUUUAAUCACACUGCAAAGCCAUAUAGUAACUACCCGUGUGUGUGUGUGUGUGUGUGUGUGUGUGUGUGUGUGUGUGUGUGUGUGUAAGGUAGAACUCAGAUCAGGGAGGUGUACAGUAUAUAAUGGAAUUCCCCUUGCACCUUGUUUGCUAGACUCCUUGGCUGUGUCUUGUUUCUGUAGGCAUUCAGAUUAACGGGCCAAGUCUCUACACCAACUGAGACAUAUGUGUUAAAGUCAGUGGUAGAAUGUAACAAAGGACAUUUUCUCAAGUAGUGUAUUUACAUACAAUUUUGAGGCACUUGUCUGUUUUUGGAAUUAAACACUGAAAUAAAUAAAUAAUUUAAUUAAUACAA